GCCUAAAGCCGGGAGCAGGAGGGAAGGGGGGAGAGAGGAGGAGACUGGGCCUUCCGUUAGUCAGGGGCGGGGCCUAGAGGGGCUCCUCCAAUAGCCUGAGCAGGUCUCAGGGCCGAGGGGAGGAGGGUCCAACGGAGGCCCCGCCCCCUGGAGUUGGAGUAGAGUCUUGAGCAUUUCUACUCUUCCCCUUCUGGACCCCUCCUCACUGGUUGGAUCACCAGGCUGAGCAGUGGCCACCAUAUCCUGCUUCCAAGGAUCUGGGACCAUGGCACCCUGCCAUGCCAGGCUUCCACUGUGCCUCUUCCUCCUAGGAGCUGCCCUUGCCCUCUCAGGAGCCCUCACCUGCAACCGGGGUGUACUGAUACGGAUUGGAAAAAACCCCACGAAAUUCCUGGCGAACUGGACAGAACUAUUUAAGGAAGAAUGUAAAGAAGAGGACCUGUGUCAGGACACUAUUCUGAUCUUCGAGACAGAACUGCAGGGCAUUAUCAUAGCCACCAAAGGCUGCUUCCUCGAGAGUGUGCAGGAGCCCACAGUUGUCAAGUACACGCAGCCCCCUGGUGUGUCUGCUACUUCCUACACGCACUUCUGCUCCACCGACUACUGUAACAAUUAUACAGACCCAACGCCACUGACGGAGCCCCCGAGAGGGGCAGUCAGCCCCCACCAAGAGGGCCUCAUGUGCCCCACCUGUGUCUCUCUGGGGCCCUGUGUCCCUGGCUCACCGGUCAUGCACUGCCCCAAGCUCACCCUCUCCUGUUACAGCGGGACCAUCAUGAUCAAGGGAGGAGGCAUCUGGACCCCUGUGGACCUGGAGGGCUGCAUGGGCGAGAUCGAAUGCCGAGUGCUUAACAAAACCCACACUCUUGGGCCCCUUGAAUUGACAGAACUGUGUGACAGGAGCAGCUUGUUUGAGGACUUUAGGAUGGACUGUGGCAGCUGUGUCCUCCCUGCCUUUGUGUGGGCUCUGGGCCUGGGCUCCCUGCUAAUCCUGUAGCCUAGAGGGGAGGGGAAGGGUGCGAUGAACCUGACUUGUGCCGAAUGCCCUAAAUAAAGUCUGCUUCUGCCUCCUCU